AUGCCGCAGAUCCCCCUGUGCACUUCCCACCUGGAGAAAGAGACCCUCUCCCUGGGGUACCACCUGAGCAAGCCCGCGCCACCAAAAAGGGAAUCUCUCCUUCCUGUGAGCAGCACUUCCAAAGAAAAUGGGGUUCGUGUAGAGCAAGAUGAUCAGGACUUAUUUGCAGAUGCCACUGUAGAGUUGUCUUUAGACAGCACGCAAAACAACCAGAAGAAGGAACUGGCCAAAGCAUCCAAUCCUGUCCCCUCAUUAGAAGUAGCUGCAAGCUCCUCUUCUAGAAACCCUCCAAAGAGCUAUGAGGAGCUGGAAGAAGAGGAACAGGAAGACAAAUUUGAACUGACUGUAGGAGUGAGUGACCCAGAGAAAGUUGGGGAUGGCAUGAACGCGUACGUAGCCUACAAAGUGUCAACACAGACGAGCAUGCCCAUGUUCAGGAGCAAGCAGUUUUCAGUGAAAAGGAGGUUCAGUGACUUUCUGGGUCUCUAUGAGAAGUUGUCGGAGAAGCAUGCCCAAAAUGGGUUCAUCGUUCCUCCGCCACCCGAGAAGAGUCUCAUAGGAAUGACCAAAGUGAAAGUUGGGAAGGAAGACUCCUCCUCUGCAGAGUUCCUAGAAAAAAGACGGGCUGCUCUAGAGAGGUACCUACGGAGAGUGGUGAGCCAUCCCACAAUGCUGCAGGACCCCGACGUCAGGGAGUUCUUGGAAAAGGAGGAGCUACCGAGAGCAGUGGGCACCCAGACCCUGAGUGGAGCAGGAAUACUGAAGAUGUUCAACAAAGCUACGGAUGCCGUCAGUAAAAUGACCAUCAAAAUGAAUGAAUCGGACAUAUGGUUUGAGGAGAAGCUGCAGGAGGUGGAGUGCGAGGACCAGCGGCUACGGAAGUUGCAUGCUGUCGUCGAAACGCUCGUGAACCACAGGAAAGAGCUAGCGUUGAAUACAGCCCAGUUUGCAAAGAGUCUGGCCAUGCUGGGGAGCUCGGAGGACAACACGGCCCUGUCCCGGGCGCUGUCCCAGCUGGCUGAGGUGGAAGAGAAGAUUGAGCAGCUGCACCAGGAACAGGCUAACAAUGACUUCUUCCUCCUGGCCGAGCUCCUGGGAGACUACAUCCGCCUCCUCUCAGUUGUAAGGGGGGCCUUUGACCAGCGCAUGAAGACCUGGCAGCGGUGGCAGGACGCUCAGACCAUGCUGCAGAAGAAGAGGGAGAUGGAGGCCAGGCUGCUGUGGGCCAACAAACCCGACAAGCUGCAGCAGGCCAAAGAGGAGAUCUCGGAGUGGGAGUCUCGUGUGACACAGUACGAAAGGGACUUUGAACGGAUUUCGGCCGUCAUCCGCAAGGAAGUGAUACGGUUUGAGAAAGAGAAAUCCAAGGACUUCAGAAACCACGUCACUAAAUACCUUGAGACGUUACUAAACUCCCAGCAGCAGCUGGUGAAGUACUGGGAAGCGUUCCUACCCGAAGCCAAGGCCAUUUCUUAAUUGGACCGAGCAAACGAGCAUACCUGAACUUUGCCUUUUUUGGGUUUUUUUUUGGUUGUUUUUUUUUUUUAUAUAUAUAUACAUACACUAUACCUCUUCCUCUUUUACACGUGACCUGACCCUCGUUAAACACUCUGGAGCUGGUAGAGGUUUAACCCCCAGACAAGCAGCUUGCAAGCCAGUAACUCUUCUAACU